AUCAUUUUCUCAUGACGGCACCCGAACGCACAAAACCUUUCCCCAGCCGGGGCCUCGCUAGCAACACGAGAGCGAGCGCACGUCGCUUGUCCCUCACCCCCCCCCCCCCCUUGUCUCUGCGACGGGGGGGGGGAGGGGGCACGCGACUGCGUUUGCACGCGUGGCCAACGCACAAAACAGCUGCGAGACCCUGGGUUUGCGCGCGGCCGCACGCGCUCACGCCGGUGCCCCCUUGCCCCCAGAUGGCGUUCCUGCAGAGCCGCUCCAUCUCGCUGGUCGACAUGUACAUUGACAACAGCGAGCCCGUGGAGAACGUGGGGCAGAUCCACUUCAGCCUGGAGUACGACUUCCAGAACACCACGCUCAUCCUGCGCAUCCUCAUGGCGAAGGAGCUGCCGGCCAAGGACAUCUCGGGCACGUCCGACCCCUACGUGCGCGUGACGCUGCUGCCCGACAAGAAGCACCGCCUCGAGACGAAGAUCAAGCGGCGCACGCUCAACCCGCGCUGGAACGAGACCUUCUACUUCGAGGGUGAGCGCCGCCCCACGCCCACGCCCCUUCGAGACUCGGAGGGCGGCAAUGGGCGGGCACACACACACACGCACACUACACCUCUGUGCUUCCCCAUCCAGAAGCUGCAAAGCCGCGUCCUCCACCUGCACGUCUUCGACUACGACCGUUUCUCCCGCGACGACUCCAUCGGAGAGGUGUUCCUGCCGCUCUGCCAGGUGGACCUCUCAGAGAAGCCGUCCUUUUGGAAGGCGCUCAAGCCGCCAGCCAAGGACAAGUGCGGAGAGCUGCUCACCUCGCUCUGCUACCACCCCAGCAACAGCGUGCUCACGCUCACGCUCCUCAAGGCGCGCAACCUCAAGGCCAAGGACAUCAACGGCAAGUCCGAUCCGUACGUGAAAGUGUGGCUGCAGUUCGGGGACAAGCGCAUCGAGAAACGCAAGACGCCCAUCUUCAAGUGCACGCUGAAUCCCGUGUUCAACGAGUCCUUCAGCUUCAAUGUGCCGUGGGAGAAGAUCCGGGAGUGCUCCCUCGAUGUCAUGGUCAUGGACUUCGAUAACAUCGGACGCAACGAGCUCAUUGGACGCAUCCUGCUGGCAGGCAAAAACGGCUCGGGGGCGUCCGAGACGAAGCACUGGCAGGACAUGAUCACGAAGCCGCGCCAGACCAUCGUCCAGUGGCACCGCCUCAAGCCCGAGUAGCUCCCCCUGCGUUGGCGCCGGUCGGCCAUCUUGCGGCUUGCGAAGAGAAACGUCGCACAUGGCGGUUUUGUUCAUAAUUUUACUAAGCUAUUAUUUUACUAUUUAUAAAUAGCUGGCGCGACCGUAAAUCAGUUGACGUGACCCGUUAUAGAAAUGUUCUAAACUAGUAAACCCAAGUUAUGAGUAGUUAUUACAUAUUGAAUGAUGCCAGUAUGCAUGGUGGUGAGAUGAUGUCAGUAUUACUAUACUAAAAUCCUAGUAGAGGAGGCCCUGUAUCUUUAGAUUUGUUAACUAACAAGACAACAGUUGCGUAUCCCCGUGGAAGAGAACUGAGUGCUAAUUUUCUGCUUCCUUCUAGCUGCCUCCAUGUUUGUUUAUAACUUCUUAUAAGACACUAAAGAAAAACUAACUUAGGGGGGCCAAUAAAUGAUAGAGAAGUUAACAUAGAGAAAUAUUUUUCCCAAAGACAUUUCUUAAAACAGGUAAUGGUCUUAUAUUACAUCUCAUUGAAGAAUUCCAUCAAUUGCAUGGCGGAUCCAUGACAUUUACUUAAUAGCAGACAGUGAAGUGUCUUUGCUGAUAAAAGACAAUCGCAUGAUUUCCAGCUUUUUGGCCUUGAAGACUAAAGGGCACAACUGAAUGCUGAUCACAAUCAACACACAAUAUGACUUUGGCUCACUUGAUGCAGGUCAUCAGUGUAUGCACUCCUUCGACUGAGGUCAUUUCAUCAUUUCCUCAUGACAUAUUGGAUCUAUUUCAGAUAUAGACAUAUUAAAAAUAUAUUCCAAGCGCAACAAAUAAUUACUGAACAGUGAGGUAUGAAAGAAAGUUUUAUGAUAAAUUUUCUCUCUCUUCUCAUGAGAUUUUGUUCAGUAAUAUAUAUUUAAACAUUUGUAUCAAUACAACCUGCAUUUUUUUAUCAAAUAUGUUAAUUAAUUGUUUGAAUUAAAUUCAAUUUAAGUUUCUCCAAUCUGCUAAUUGUCUUGCUUUAUUUUUCUUGAAAUGCACAUGAAAUACAUUAUAAUGUCUGAAAAUUAUUUAUUUUUAUUUUAUGUUUUAAAGUGGAAUAAUCAAAUUAUCUGAUUUGUUGUCUUCAUUUUUAAAAAUAUGAAAUUUCUUUGUACAAUUACUGCAUGGAAAUUAUUUUCAUGAUAAUUAAUGAAAUUAAUUAGUAAUAUUUUAGAAGUUUUUUUUUUUGAGUUAAUUUAGUAUGUAUUUUAAUUAGCUUUCCAUUGUAUGAAAACAAGACAAUAGAAGCCAACUUUGUGGACAAGAUCUGUAUAUAAGAAAUGUUCAGUAGCUCUUGCCCAUGUAAAUAGAUCCAAGUUUGUCUAGUUUCUAGAGCUUUUUCUAAGAUCCAUAAAAGGAAAACACAUUAGCCUUGUGUAUCGUAGGAUAUAUGUAUAAAAAGAAAAUAUUACUGCCCAGAGCAAAACCAAACAGUUAAUGAAGAAUAGGCUGUUCAUGUUGUUACACUUUGUUGAUACAGGUUCAAGUCUGUGUUAUUCAUGAAAAAUAUUGCAUCACCAACAUUUACACAUGCAUACACAUUUCAUACUGAGCCCAAAAGCUUUCUCAAAAACAUAUAUACACACUUAUACACAAACGUAUGUAUGUGAACAUAUUUACUUAAUGUUAAAUGUCCAUGGAUGGCAAACAUUUUCAUUGAUAUAUCUGAGGACAAAGUGGGAAAGAUUGUCUGCAUAAAUGGUUUGUAUGAUAAGGUUUUGUGUCCACAAAUUCUUAAAAUUAUUGCCUAAAAUUAAUUUGCUCCAAAUUUAAAAACAUUCAUGAUGGGUAUUAAAUUGUAAAAACAUAUGUGAGCAUUUGGCUAAUAAAAAUUUAAUAUUUGGCUAUUUUAAAUAUUUGUCACAAGUACUUAUUAGUACUUGUGCUGAGAUCAAUUUUGUCUUCUUUAUUUGGUAAAAUUUUUAAAGGUCAAGGUUGGCAAAACUAAUUCAAAUUGUUUUGAUUGAUCAAGCAGAAUUAGGAUAGCUGAACAUUUAGGCUGUGGACAAUCUUACAACGAUAAGAACAGCGUUUGUCUGACUGAAGUAGAGUUGGUUGCAGACUCAAGUGUAGUGCCUAUUGUUGAAUGUCUUGAAUUACCUUUGUAGCAGGGGGCAGUCCCAGCAGAGAGGUCUUAGAACAGGCUUUUGGUAUACUGAAUGAUAACUUGGUAAUUCUCAAGAUUCUUAGAUAUGUUCGUAGUUAGUUUUAAAGUGUGAAUUUGUAACAAAUAUAAUUAUUCAGCAAAGUAUUUGCACACAGUGUUUGCUUGCUUUGCUGGAAAUGUUGUUUGGAAAUGUGGAAAAAAAAUUAGAAAGAAAAAGUCAUAUAUUUUCUUUUUACCUACAUGUCAUCAAUGGUUAUCUUUAAUAAUUUGUUUUGUUUUGUUGUGGUGAUUCAGCUUCCAUUAUUUUUAUACAUACAGUCUCAGUCAAAAGUUUCUGUGAUAAUGGAAAAGGGAUCUGCCAAAAAAAUAUGGUACAAGCCCUUGUUGCGUUAACUUCAAAAGCACUUUUAUCAAGAGAGAAGUGUAGCAUUGAUUCUAAAAGAUUUUGUAACUAAGUUGAAAUCCACAGGUCUCCAUCUUGCUUCCUUACUUAUAUAUUUUCUCUGAUAGUAUUAUGAUAUAGUCAACCCAUCCAUUACGUUUUCAUGUAUCUUCUCAGUAAAAUCUUUAACUAUCCAUUGAUGUAGUCAGUUUUUUCACAAGGAACACUUGAGCUCUUGAGCUCUAGUGUAUGCAAGCCACUGUGUGGGACUAGCUCCACAAUUGCCAACCUGUAAUGUGUCCUACUAAAAUCCGCACGUGCAUAAUAUAUGACUGGUGAGCCUUAAUUUACAUACACCCCUUUAUGUCCUUUUUUCUCAUGAAAUGAAAUUAUAAAAGAUUUGUUCACAUAGUUCAUGCUACAUUAAUUCUAUUUUAACUCCCAAAAUAAAUUUAAUGAAUAAAGUACUUUUAUUUCCUUUUAUGAAAACUUCCAUACAGAUUCAUUUCUUUCCAGAUUAAAAAUUUAGGCAGCAAUUUCAAUUUUACUCUGAAACUGAAAGGGAAUGAAAAUAUCAAAUUGUGAAUUGUUGGAGCAUAAUCAAAAUUUUCAAAUGUGAAUUUUUUUUUCAUCUGCUAAAAAGCAUAUCUUUACUGAAAAUAGAAUCAUCCCAACUGUACUAAAAACAACAACAACAACAACCACUAAGCAACAUGAAACACGAGUUUUCUCAAACUGCUUUUGAAUUAUACUUUUUCAAGGCCUACUAUAAUUUACAAUAAAAUUCUGCAAUUUCUUAGAUAACUUGUUGAAAUUUAAAAUCAAAAGCUUCUGUUUUUGUGAUUAUGCUCCUGGUACUGCCUGAAGUAACGUGCGGGUUCUAAUGUUCCCAUGUUUCCCUUUUGCCCAUGUAUCUAUGUAUAUAACAUGAACCAGUAGAUUUCAUAUGUAAUGUUGUUCUUUAUAGUCAUGGGAGUUAUAGGUACUAUUAAAUCAAAAGUUAUUUAAAUGUGUACAAAAAUCACACACUUGUAAUUGUAUAUUUAUACUCAUGGAUAUAUAAUAUAUUUUAAAUGUGUAAAACAUUUUAAUUUUAGUGAUUCAAGAAUUAAUCUUAAAUCUAGUAAACGGGACUUGUAUUUCUAGAAAGGAAAGAAAGUAUUUUUGGGAGCAGUCUCAUGUGAUCUGUGUAUUACUACUGUUGUUAAGUGUGUAGAUUUCCACUUCUGAUGCAAAAAAGGCUUUUAAGUCUCAGAGCAUUAUCCUUGUCCCUCUUUGUAAGUUAUUGUUAUGAUUAUUUCAUUUGCUGUUUUGAUUUCAUUCAGUGAUACGCUUUACUCUAUUAACCAUGCCUACUAAGUUAUGCUUUUAUCUAUCCAGUUUGGACACAAUAAAACAAGUUAUGCAGAUGUCAUUUUCUUUCAAUUGGUGUAUCCACAUCCCAAAUGUAGCAUAUCCCUGAGAACCUGCAACACUCAGCAGAAGUAAAAGGGCUAAAUGAAAAUAAUGUAAUAACCACAGGAAUGGUUUAAUAUAAAUUCAAUCCUAAUACACAAGUUAAAUUGUUUAACCAAAGUUUAUUACUUGGCAUGUAACAUAUUUCAUAUUUUGGGUAAUAAUUUGAGCUUAAUCUAAAUAAAACUAUAUAUACU